GUGUUAACCAAUUGAGAGAGAAAAAUGAUGGUUGAUGAAAAUGUGGAAACCAAGGCCUCUACUUUAGUGGCAAGUGUUGAUCAUGAUCAUCAUGGGUUUGGAUCCGGGUCGGGUCAUGAUCAUCAUGGGUUAUCGGCGUCUGUGCCUCUUCUUGGUGUUAACUGGAAGAAGAGAAGGAUGCCAAGACAGAGACGAUCUUCUUCUUCCUUUAACCUUCUCUCUUUUCCUCCUCCUAUGCCUCCUAUUUCCCACGUGCAAACUCCUCUCCCCGCACGUAAAAUUGACCCAACAAAGCUAAGAUUCCUCUUCCAAAAGGAACUCAAGAACAGUGACGUCAGCUCCCUCCGUCGUAUGAUACUCCCCAAGAAAGCGGCAGAGGCUCACUUGCCGGCACUGGAAUGCAAGGAAGGGAUUCCUAUAAGAAUGGAAGAUUUGAAUGGUCUUCACGUUUGGACCUUCAAGUAUAGGUACUGGCCAAACAACAAUAGCAGAAUGUACGUGCUAGAAAACACAGGCGAUUUUGUGAACGCUCAUGGUCUGCAGCUAGGUGACUUCAUCAUGGUUUACCAAGAUCUCUACUCAAACAAUUACGUUAUACAAGCAAGAAAGGCAUCAGAAGAAGAAGGAGACGAAACCAAUGUCGAAGAAGACGACGUUUACACAAACUUAACAAGGAUCGAAAACACUGUGGUUAACGAUCUUCUCCUCCAAGAUUUUAAUCAUCACAACACCAACACCAACACCACCACCACCACCACCAACAACAACAACAACAAAUGUUCUUACUAUUAUCCCAUCAUCGAUGAUGUCACCACAACCACCGGUUCUUUUGUCUACGACACGACAGCGUUGACCUCCAACGACACUCCUCUCGAUUUUUUGGGUGGACAUACGACGACUAGUAAUAAUUAUUACUCCAAGUUUGGAACAUUCGAUGGUUUGGGCUCCGUUGAGAAUAUAUCUCUCGAUGACUUCUACUAGAUGAUCAAUCGAUGGGCUCAUGAUGAUUCAUAUUGGUGAUCAGCUAUUUUAUUACCUUAUAAUAGAUAUAUAAGAAUUAAAUGCAUUAUGCAUAUUAUCAAGUGUUCAGUAUUACAUUACAGUUUAUAUGAAAAUUAUAGCUAGAUGGGAGUCAUGAAGGUGUGUUGUGUUGUUUGAUGAAUAAAUGUUAUUUAGUGUU